GUAGGGAUGGUUGGUGCAGUGAGAAAAAGAGCUAAACUCAGAUCAAGUCGUCCAAUUCUGCAUAUAGGCACAUAAGAAAUUGAUAGCACAACACAUGUUUCAAAUCUGGAAGGUGGUAGAAGAUCCUCUUCACAAGCUCAACCAAACCUCAAUGCAUCUGGUGCUAAUGGGAUUAAUUCACCCCAAGAAUUAUCUGUCCAUAAUAAUCUUUGUUAUGAAUGUACCUAUCUUGAAGGAACUGGAUCUUCUAAGGGCAGUGUACGUGUUAGAGGCAAAUAUAAAGGCCUUAACAUGGCGAAGAAAAGUAAGUCAAUAAACGAUAAACUGUUGGUAUAUUUUCCUCCGGGCGAAGAAAAUUAUGAACCAGUAGGUCCAAAUGCAAGGCGUUUGAGCAUGUGGCUAGGGUACUGUGUCCGAUCUGUAACUGAGGCACCUCUGUAUGGAUGGAAAUCUACUAUACUACCUCAAUAUAAUACUCAACUGUGGAACAUGGUCACUGAUUACUUUGAUGUGAGUCCUGAAAGCCCUCCAAAGCUGAAAAAACUAGAGGAAUUGCAUAAUACUCCUUCUUCAGAAACAUUUGAAGUAAAGCAAUUCAAGUUCAGGACACAUUGCUUCCAUGUGAUGAAAGAGAGCUAUAGAAAGUGGAAAUCAAGACUUCGUACAGAUUAUUACAAGAAGUUUGACACGGACGAAGAACGAAUGCAAAAUAUCCCUGAAGGUUUAACAACUGAAAAUUGGGAGAAAAUGCUACAAGUCUUUGCAUCAAAGGAAUUUGUGGAAUUGAGUGACAGGAAUUCAAAGAAUCGAGCAAAUCAAACACUUGUUGCAUGUACCGGACCAGUUACGUUUGCACAAGUGAACUAUGAUAUGAUUGAUGAGGAAACCGGUGAAGAACCAUUAGCUUCUGAGGCUUGGAUGGCUCAACAUGCAACUAUGAAUGACAAUAACGAGCCUCAAUGGGUCAAUAAUGAAUCAUUCCUAGCUUAUCAACAAAUAAGAAGAGUUGAAGAAGAAGUUGUACCAGUCAAUCCAAAUGUUAAUGUGUUGAAAGAGGCUUUCAAGACUCGCUCUGGUCGUAUUCCUGGUACAGGAACUGGUUGCAAGUCAAAGAGACAAGCAUCAAUCAAUACACAAGCUGGAAAAGUGGUCCAGCUCGAGGCACAAUUGGCCGCAGUGACAACAAGAUUAGAAGAACAAGCUCAACGAAAUCAAGAGCUGACAACUAGAUUAGAAGAUCAAGGAAGGCAUAAUCUAUUGUUGAACCAGAGAUUUGAGAAACUAAUGGAAAUGGUAGAAAGUCAACAACAUAUGCCAUCAUCAUCAGAAGAUACUCAAUCUGAAGAAACUCAAAGUCGGGAAGAGAGGGUUGAAGAAGAGUUUGAAAGGGAGCAACGUUAUUUGAAGGUGAUGAAUCUGAAUCGAAAGAGGAUUUCACCAACAAAAAAGUCUUCUGCUCCAAAGAAGAAGUGAUUUUUGGCUUGUGCAAGGAAGAUGGGAGUGGGACAUGAAGCAUCUUUAUGGAUCAAAUUUGAGCUAUGAUGAUUCAAGAGAAACAAAUUUUUAUUCAUCAAUAUUGUUGGCCCUAUGAAUUUCAACGUAGUUAUUUUUAUAUGAGUUUGAAUAAUUAUGAUACAUUAAGUACGAUUGUUUUAGCUAUUUAUACAUUUGGAUGCUAUUGAUUUCAUUAAUAUUUGGCUUAUAUCUUCUUUAUUUAAUUUGAUGCAAAUGUGGAUGAUAUAUGGUAUUAAAAUUUAUAUAGAAA